GCUGAUGUUUGUAUAUUUCUAUAUAACUAUUUUGUUUUUCCAUUAUUAAAAAAUUCCUGUCCUGUGAUUUGGACUCAUACACUGAUACUGAACCCAAAUUUUCCUUUUUUGUCCCCUGACGCAAUGACACUGAUGACAAAAACAACAAGAAAAGCACUCUGUGAGCGCAGUACUCCACCAAGGCUGUGUUUCGUUCUUCUAUUUUGAUUGGUGUUUAUCUCCUUUUCUUUAAAAAUGUUAUUUUUUUAACUCGACUCCAAAAGAGCCCUGCACAAGAAUUCACGUGUCUAGACUGUCUGUUUGCACACAAAUGGCAAAUAAAAACGUUGAAUGACUCUUGAAUCAAAUAUUGGAGAUGGUUUUUGCCAUGAGCCUGAGUUGGACACCACCAUGCUGUAUGAGAGUAAAACAAACACACUGAUCAUUUCCCCAAAAGGCCCCAUCUGGCGUAGGCAAUGGUGUAUGACAGGAGAAUUCCCAUAAAUCAACUUUUAAAACCACAAAAUAUGCAAUUAAAAACACACAGCCCUAUUUUUGGAAAUCAUGCAUGCACCACUUUUGCUGAAUUCAUUGCCAUCCUGCACAUGUAUCACAUUUGGUGCAAUAGAGUAUGGAGAACUAAACUUAAUAGGCCCAAUAUUUUACAAAAUCUGUAAGAAAUCACAUAAAACAUCAUUAAUCAAGAUUUUCAUAUGUGUAAUGUGCAUUUUUAGCUACAUUCAUAACUGCAUGUCUGGAAAAAAAAGUGUGGCUGUAACUCCCAAAUUAAAGUCUGACUGUAUGUGUGUUUUUAAGAACGGUGCAGCUCCUGCCUCCCCCUCCUCCUCCUUUGCAGUAAACGUCAGUAGAAAGUGUCCAGUGAAAGGUUGUCUUCACCUGAGCCAGCUGUGGCAGCAGAAACACCUGGCUCGGGUUACAGCAGCGCACAGAGCCUGGGGGCUGGACUCCGAGCCAAAAUAGCUGCUCUCGGUGCGCAGCUAUGACUAAAUGUCUGGAGCCUCCGCCACAAGAGAGAACCGCACGCUGAUCCGCACGACUCCAGGAAGAGCAGGGGCUUUGAUCGGGGCUUUCCUUCCAGUUUGGAACAACACAGCAGAGAAGACUUUCAUUUCUGAGGUGAGGAAGUUUUCUUGAGUUCUCCUCGUAACGCGGGCUGCGCUCAUCUGCGUGGGAAACACAGAGAGACGGAGCAGAGCGCUGCUUCCUCACAGCCAUGAGUUCCCAGACGAGCUUUGGCAGCAGCAUGCUGUUUCAGACCAUAAACGAUGACCUGAACGCAUCGCUGGCUACAGCUGACGAGUUAUCCAGAGAGUUUAACUCCAUGCUGAAGGAGGCGUCUUCUUCCAACAACAACACAACGUCUGGCUCUCAGAUACAACUGACCAGCUCCAGUAUCUCCAAAGAGAAGCCUCUGUCCUCUGGAUCCUCCAGCUCCUCCAUCUCUCCCCGGAAGUCGACCGGCAGCGCCAACGGCAGCAGCAGCUCCUCGGCCUCCUCCUCCAGCUCUUUCCAUCCCAUCGACUCGGUCAUCUCCAGCAGUAAAAACAUCCCCACCUCCCCCAUCUUCUCCACCAGCCCUCUGUCAUCUCCCAGGAUUCGCAGGAAGACCCACUCUCCUCUUCCUCGGGUCGCAUCCGACAGCUACUCCUACAGCCAGCCGAGCCCCAAACUGUCACCACGACACAAUGCCCCGUCGCCCUUCGACAGGAGCCCCAGAGGCUCGGUCAGCUACAUGGAGAGAAGCCCGUCUCCAAACCCCUUAGCCGUUCCUCUGGACCAGCCGAGUCGAUCCUCUUCAGGCGGGAACUCCUUCAACCUGCUGAGUCCUUAUGACAACAGCCAGAUGGGCCGCAGGUCGCCCCGGCCAGACAGAAACCCGUCUCCGCUGUCCUUCAACCACCCGAUGUCCAGCACCCUGCCUCGAAAUUUUCACAGUUUAAGGCAACCAGAGGAAAAUGUGCAGCGGCAGAAGAGUCCCUCCAAGUGGAAUGAAACAGAUCUGGACGUGUCCUACGAGAGGAAACCUCACCACACUUACGACAAGUCGGAGUGGCUGCGACCAUCUGUGCCAAACAGCAGCUGGAGAGAAUCCAACCUGGACGGUCCUCCUCCGGCCCCGAGCCCCAAGAAGGAUCCUCGGUCUAAUUCGGUCCAGUAUUCCCACAGCUCUCUACCCCGUAACGCUCGCAUAUCAGUCCCUCCAGAUGUCUCCUCUCCAUCCCACUCUCCUUACCACCCUCAGCCCAUCAUCUCCCGCAUUUCCAUCCCUCCUGCCUCUGCUCCGACCCGCCAGCGUAAACCCAUCCCUCUCUCAGUCAUCAUGCGCCUCCAAAACCCCCACUGGGGAGCCAUGGCCACCCACCACCCCCGAGUGCUGGGAGGAGAAGGAGACAUGGCUCCUUAUCAGCCGGCUGUACCCAUCCCCAGGGAGUACUUCCACCCGCCUGUAAUCCAGCCUCAGCCCCCUGAGCUGAGGCAGCCGGCUAUUUACAGCGACGCUCUGAACCCAGGAGAUGUUGACGCAGAGCUGGAGCGGCUGGACUAUAUCCGCCACAUCCCUGUGAUUCUGGAGAAUCCUCCCACACCGGAGGGCAGCGUGGAGGGCGUGCCGAUCGCUCCCCGGCCCCUCAGCCCCACCAGGCUGCAGCCGGUCGUGGCCCCCGAGGCCCAGAGCGACGCCAUCCCCGACCUGGAGGAGCUGCUGCGCAUCAGGGCGGAGAUCCCCAGAGCCCUGAAGAGACGAGGAUCUGUGGACCACUCACUGCCCAUGAAGAAGGCCUCGCACUACCAGCCCAACCAGUACAAAAACCUCAUUGACAAGCUGUUCCGCAGGAAGGACCACCGGCAGAGAGGGGAGCACGGCAGCGAGACCAGCAGCUCCUCGGAUGGGGAGGAUGCAGCGAUGCCUCCUGCUGCUCCGCCUCAGACAUCCAACGUGAUUCCACAUAGCUACCAUUCGAUUCUGCGCCGGUCCAGAGAACGCAAAGGUUCUGGAAGGCGAGCUCGGCUGAGUCCGCUGGUUCUGCUGCUCGAUGGAGCUUUGGUGGGAGAGCUGGAGACGGUGCAGAGAGCUGUCCAGGAGAUGACUGACCCCAGCCAGCCGAAUGAUGAGGGCAUCACUGGUCUUCACAACGGCAUCUGUGGGGGGCAUUACAACGUGGUGGACUUCCUGGUUCGCAUCGGAGCCAAUGUCAGCGCACCAGACAGCCAUGGAUGGACUCCUCUGCAUUGUGCAGCUUCUUGCAACGAUCGUCCUCUGUGUGAGUUCUUGGUGAGGAACGGAGCUGCUGUCAUGGCCAUGACGGAGAGUGAUGGUGCCACCGCGUCCCAAAAGUGUGAUCCUUACGCUGUCGGUUUUGAGGAAUGUGAGAACUUUCUUAGAGGCGUGGAGGAGGCCAUGGGGGUGGAGAACAGCGGGGUGUUGUACGCUCUGUGGAGUUACCCGGCUCAGGCUGCCGACGAACUGAGCUUCAAAGAGGGAGACAUGGUUACCAUCCUGCAGAAACCUGAAGGCUCCGACUGGUGGUGGGCUUCACUCUGCGGCAAGGAGGGUUUUGUUCCAAACAACUACUUUGGGCUUUUCCCAAAGGUUCGACCAAAAUCUCUCUGCUAGGUGUCCUCUCGAUGAUCCACUCCAGUCAAACCGGUGCAGAGGACAGUCUCAGUGCUUCACCGCUUCACACCGUUAUUUGAAAGGACUGUGUCUGUAUGAGUGUGAAAGAGCUGUAAUGCCGCAGGGCAUGAGAACUAGUUUUGAUCUGUCAGUCAAGGAGAGUUGAAGGAGAAAUCUCAGUAUUCAUUUUGGCCUCACUGACAGAGACAAAUCGUCUUUUCAUUCACACCAUCUCUGCUGUAGGAUAUUUUCUCUAGUAAAGCUACAACUCCAGCCUUCUGUCGAGCUUUGCUGGAAGAUUACAAAAGGGUCGUCCUCCCCGCUGUCCUGCUCAGCUGUGCUCCAGUCAGGAGUUGACAUUUCUGACUCAUUGGCUGGUAACUCAAGAAAGCAAACAGCGUUCAGUCCACUCAGCAACAAGGUCAAUGUAGGUGUGUGUUGUCAUGACUGUUCAGUUUAGAAACAGGCUGCUUCUCUUGGAGUAAAAUCAACUUUCUCGGCAGCGGAGGGGUUUGUUUGUUUGUUUGUUUGCUGCUACAUCGAAGCAAACGGGAGCAGUUAGGAGUUAAAAUGGAACUUUUAUUGUGAGUAUUUUUUGAAAAUGUAUUCCGUCACCGUUUUUUUUUUGUAAGUAGUUUCACAGAUUUUAGUGCUAAUAUCCAACUGGAACCAUAUUGUGAAACAACGUUUUCAUAAAGAACGACCACAUUCAUGACUUUAGUAGCCAAAUAUGAUUUUUGGAUUAUUAGGAGUGAUGCUUUUUAUGGUAUUUACAAGCAGCCACAGUAAAACUUUACCAGAAUGUGACUGGUUUCGGCUCCCCUUUCCAAUGUUGCACAGUGUUGGUUCUCAGUUCCAUUCUUAUGUUGUCUAUAUAAAUGAGUAUAAAUGUGUUUUCCAUGGCAAGGAAGCUGGUGUUUUUGUGGGUGUGUGUGGAUUCACAGCGGUAGAAUGAGCGUGUUGACUUUGUUUUCACUUUAUAUUUCUUAAGUUUUCAGUGUUUUCACACAGUUUUCACUUUUGUUGCGAGGGACUGCUGUGCGCCUGACCUGUCACCUCUCAUGUGAGGGGCUCACAGUUACCAAAUGUACAAAUGUUCAAUAAAUAUAUGAGCCGUAUGCUUUACAUGUCAUGGUUUGUGGUUUGGUUUAAAAUGCAACUGUGAAGCUUCCGUUACUGACCAGCAGAUGGCUCUGUAUUAUCAAGUAUAGAUUCAGAUUCAGCAUAGCAUUUGUAUCGCCUUCUUCAAAUAUAAAUAUAUGACAAACCA